CAAAAUGUUAAGCCAUAGCAUGAUUAGAAGAAACUUCAGCACUGUCUCUAAGAACUACGUCAAUGGGCAAUGGGUCUCCUCCAAGGGAGAUGUCUUUUUCGAGUCUAAGAACCCAGCGACCCAAGAAGUCGUUAGGAGAGUUCCUCAAACUCCAAAGUCUGAAUUUGACGAAAUCGUAUCUGUUGCUAAGAAUACUUUUGAAGAAUGGAAAAACGUUCCGCUCAUGACUAGAAUCAGAUACAUGUUUGAGUACCAGAGAUUGGUAAAUGAAAAUACUGAAGAAUUAGCUAAGCUAAUCACUCAUGAACACGGUAAAACUCUAGUCGAUUCCAGAGGAGACGUUUUUAGAGGUUUUGAGGUCGUAGAAUCUACUACUAGUUUUUCCAGCCACCUUUUGGGAGAGACUCUAGAGAACUUAGCAUCUGGAGUUGAUACUUACUCAUACAGACACCCACUCGGAGUCUGUGCUGGUGUUGCUCCUUUCAAUUUCCCAGCCAUGAUCCCACUAUGGAUGUUCCCAGUAUCCAUUACUUGUGGAAACACAUUCGUUCUCAAGCCAUCAGAGAGAGUUGGUACUACAACUGAAAUGCUUGUAGAUUUGCUCGAAAAAUCUGGAGUUCCAAAGGGAGUUGUUAACAUUGUUAAUGGAGGAAAAGACACUGUGACCCAUAUCUGCCAACACCCAGAUAUCAAAGCAAUUUCCUUUGUCGGAUCAAACACUGCAGGAGAAUAUAUCUACAAGGAAGGAAGCAAGCAUGGAAAGAGAGUUCAAUCAAACAUGGGAGCUAAGAACCAUUGCAUUGUUCUUCCAGAUGCUGAUAAGGAGGAUACACUAAACGCUCUUAUUGGAGCUACCUUUGGAUCCACUGGUCAGAGAUGCAUGGCUCUCUCUGUCACUGUUCUCGUUGGAGAAGCACAAGAGUGGGUACCAGAAUUGGUCGAGUUAGGCAAGAAACUUAAGGUAGGACCAGGACAUGAUGAGACUGUCGACAUUGCACCCCUCAACUCUGCAGAAGCUUUGGAUAGAGUAGAGAGAUUGAUCGAAUCAGGAGCCAGAGAUGGAACCCUUCUCUUAGAUGGAAGAAGGCCGACUGUUGAGGGAUAUCCAGAUGGUAACUGGGUUGGCCCAACUGUCAUUGACAACGUCAAGCCAGGCAUGGAGUGCUAUGAUGAAGAAAUCUUUGGCCCAGUCAUGUUGAUUCUUCGCGCAGACACUUACCAAGAAGCUAUCGACAUUGUAAACCAAAAUAAAUACGGAAAUGGUGCUGCUAUCUUUACUAGAUCAGGAAGUGCAGCAAGAAAGUUCCAGAGAGAUAUCGAAGCUGGACAGAUUGGUAUCAACCUUCCAAUCCCAGUUCCAUUGCCAAUGUUCUCUUUCACAGGAAACAAGGCUUCAUUCUGGGGACAGAACAACUUCUACGGCAAGGCUGGAGUAAAGUUCAACACUCAAUGGAAGACAAUCACUUCUAGGUGGAGAGAGGAAUCUGAGGAGGUUUACAAGGUAUCUACUGCUAUGCCAACUAUGAAAUAAGGGUCAUUAACAAAGAUAUCCAAUUUUGAUAUA